GUCAACUCGACCGGUGCAGAUACCUCAUCGACUGCUAUGGCCCUCAUCAGCUCAGGCCACCUCUGUUGCGCCGUACUAUGAUAUAACGAGAAGCGAAAAGGCUGAUGUGUGGGGGAUACUUUUCUUAGGACCAACCGAAUCCUCAGGAUUUCUGGCAAGGCGACCGGACGAGCCAAUCGCGCGUAACACAAUGUGCUUCUUCAUCGACUGCUGCUCAGAGAUGUUAUAUGAUGUGUAGAGGUAUGCCAUGACAGUUUUCCGCUUGCUCAAUUUAGUUUCAUCUGAUUCUUCCUGUUACCAUCAGGCUAGAAGAUGUCUCUUUCAUUCUUUGCCCUCUGGGCAUCUUUAGUAAUUACAUCCUACUGCUUGCCCUCAGAUAUCACUCCAGCAACUUCUCUUCUACGUCGAAACAACCCCGAUCCAGCAGACCUCUCGUGGAUCAAGAGUUGGGCAUCUGCCGGCGACUCCUAUUCGGCAGGCAUCGGAGCAGGGAAAAAGUACGGCGGAUGGGGCGACUACUUCUGUUCGCGCUAUGAUCAGUCGUUCCCCGUGCUCAUCAACACCGACCCUCGCCUUGGCAGCUCCAAAGGUCGGAAAUUCACGUAUCGGCCAUGCUCAGGAGCCACAAUAGAUGGCAUCACAAGUCAAGUCAAAGGUCUGCCGGACGCAUCGCAGGACCUCAUCACGCUCAGCGGCGGCGGCAAUGAUGCGAACUUUAAGAACAUGCUUAACGAAUGCGUCUUCCAAUGGCUUUCUAACGCCGACCCACUCACCUCGUUUUGCCAACGUGAGCUCGAUAAAGCGCAGGCGACCAUCGACUCGGCGGACUUCCAUUCGAAACUGGACACCCUCAUUGAUAAUGCUAAGAAAAAGCUCAGGUAUGGCGGCCAGAUCAUAUACGUUGGAUAUGCACAGUUCUUUGGGCAAGACAGCAAGCAGUGCGAUGACAUUACUUGGGCAUUCUGGUACGAGAUCGGCAAGCGCGAAUACCUUACCCAGGACAAGAGAAGACGGAUGAACAAAUUAGUCACAAACAUGAACAAGGUGUUGAGCGAUGCCGUUGGUCGCGCUUCAGGAGAUCUGGUAACAUUUGUCGACUACAACAAGUACUUCGCGGAGGGUCGCGGCCGUUUCUGCGAAGACGCGUACAAAGAGACCAAUCCGAACCGCUACGGCUUGCUCUACUACGAGUGGAACACCGACGACAACGCAGACGAGACCGACGGAUUUACAACGUCGGAUGCUAGAUCUCCAAGCACGUUCACGCCGAGCCUCGUCAUGAACGGCACGUUCGAAGGCAGCAUCAACGACUUCGUGCGGCAAAACAUGGCAAAGCACCCUGAUUGGCAUAUAAACAUGCCAGUCGCGCAAGGCGCCCCGCCCAGAAUUGAUACGAUCCAGGCGACGGAGGAACAGCUCGCGAUCGGCUACUCCGCCGGCGUCCUCCCAGACAGCUACGGUCGAGUCUUCCAUCCGCGGCCAAACGGCCAUCAACUCAUCGCGAAUCUCGUCUUAUAUCAGAUCGAGGCAAACUCCGCGAAAAAGAUCGCCAAGCAUUGGCCGGCAGAAGAGAUCACAAGGGAUACGUGUCCGGCCGACAAGGGCAGCUUGAGCCCGACAACACUUCCUCCAGUCAACGUCGACCUCGGUAUUCUGACCUGUAACGUCCAACACGACGAUGGCGACGAGAUGUACUACUUCCCCCGUGAAGCGGGUCUUCAGGCGAUUGCCAACUUCUGCUCGGCAACUCAUAGUGCUGGCAUGGUCCUUGGCUCUAACAUGGCCGUAGAGGGUGUUGGGAUCAUUGUCGAAGCUACAGCCAACGAUAAACUCGACGGCUGCCCCUCCACGGAUGCAUCAACGGAUAGGUUCGAGCACAUCUGUAAUGAGCGGCUCAUAAACGCACUCGAUAACUGUAAGUUUGGUUGGACAUUGGCGAAUUAUGCUCUCGUAAUUAUGGAAUGAUCUGAACUGACAAUGGAAACUAGGCGAUACUAAGAAGCGCGGAAGCGAUUCAUGGAAGCAAGGUGGAACUUUCUAUCGCGAUUGCAUUACCUGGUAUUUCGGCCGUCGACCGCGGCAGUGAAGGUCGACCGGAUUGGCGGCAGUUCACCUGUGAGGCCAGCAGGACCAGCAGCGCUCGUGUAAUCAAUCGUCAACGCACAACUUUGUUUCGAACAGCUCUGGCAUUUGGUCCACGUCUUUGUGAAUCCUUACAGCAGCUGACAUACAGAUGACGAUGGAGUUUGAUGUACGUGAGGCUACGAGACGGGCCAUGAUGUUUGAGAGGUGUGGCGCUCCAGACCAGUGAGACCCUUGAUCAUGGGU